AUGAGACCAUAUUAAGAAAAAAAGUUCAGUACUGAAAGUAUACCAAGCGAUUAAUUGAAUUACUCGUUAUUAAGUAAUCUUAAUGCUAAUGGCGCUAACAUAACUUAGAAUACAUCACCAAUUUCAUCUGAUACAACAAAGGAUAUGACUGUUCCUAUCAACCCAGUGGCUAUUUCAUCUUCCCAGUUUUUGGCAGAUGUCAGCAUCUUACAAGAUUAGAUUAUCACGGAGGCUCUUGCUGCAGCUAUUACUUAGACUAUUAUGCCAAAUAUAAGCAUAAAUCUUUAAGGGUAUCCCGCAUUUGACCAGAACACCAAUUACGAAGAAGAGUACCAUAGAGCAUUUGUGAUGAAUGAAAUUAUGAUUAAGAAACUUGCUUAGUAUUGCGAAGAAAUUAAUAUUAUCAGUGAACGCGCUAAGAGACUUCAAGAAAUAUUUGAGCAGAAAUUAAUGAAAGUGAACCACAGCUUUUCUGCUCAUGAUCUUAGCAGACCUCUUGAGCCACUAUCUCAACAAAAUUUAUCUGCAUUCAAUAAACCUUAUAGUUAGGAAGCGCUCUCUUUUUCAAAUAAUAACUUUAAUCCUAAGAAAUUCCAAGUGAAGAAUCAUUUAGGUAAUGAUGAAAAUCAUACUCUACAGAAAAAAUUCCUAACUGAGUCGCUUACAAAUAAUAAUAUUAAUAAAAUAGGAAUUUAGAGAAAAGUAAAUGAAGACUGCGAAGACCUUGUCUCGUUUUCUGAAUUAAAUGCUAACUCCGAAAACUAUACCUAAAAUGAAAAGAAUAGGCCAAAGAAACUCCGUAGAUGCGCAGCUGAUAUUGAGAAAAGUUAUGAGUGCCCUUAUGAGGAAUGUAAGAAAGCAUAUGGAUCAGAAGUUUCACUCAAUCUUCACAUUAAAAUAAAGCACAAUGGUGGAAACAAAACUGAAAGAGAAAAAUUAGCUAAAUAGAUGUUUUUAGCUAAAAUAAAUGGCAAAGAAGUACCCUAAGCCUCAUUAAAUUUACCUCCUGGAUUUUUAGAGCAAUAUAAAGAUGGGCUUAAAAAAGUUAAAAGAUGCCGCGAAGGACCUUACUCUUCCAAUAACUUAAGAGUAAGCUAGUAAAAUAUAUUGAUACAUUAGAAUUCUAAAUCAGAUACUCAAAUAAAAAUUGAAUGA